CCACCUUGGCAUGGCUGCCUCGACCAAAAAAACUCGUGACGGCGAAUUUACCUGUAUUCAAUCAAUCAAUCCUCACGUCUCUUUCCCAUAUCCUCCUCCCUUGUACCGCAUCUACCUCCCGGGAUGAAGUUAUCCAUCGAUUUACGAUGUCGAUGAAUAACAACAUAGUCAUAUAAAUUAUGGCCGACUUUGAUUUGUCAUCCAUUUUUAUUCCUGCUCUUCACAAACCUUCUUCUUUACUACCGAUAGCUCAACAUCGGGAAAGUCUUCUCUAUCUCAUCGAAACUUAUCCUGUUACUAUUGUAAUUGGACAUACGGGUUCGGGAAAAACAACUCAAAUUCCUCAAUUUCUUGAACAGGCAGGAUGGUGUGCAAAUGGGAAGCAAAUUGCUGUUACUCAGGUAUGAUAUUGUCAGGCCUUCGAUAAUCCUUUGCUAACGUACACAGCCUCGUCGAGUAGCUGCAACGACUGUAGCAAUCCGAGUAGCAGAAGAAGUCGGAUGUGAAGUAGGUAAAGAAGUUGGAUACUCAAUUCGAUUCGAAGAUGUCACAUCAGCUGCUACCAAGAUAAAAUUCUUGACCGAUGGACUUCUUUUACGAGAAGCUUUAGUUGAUCCUUUAUUAUCACGUUAUUCGGUCAUUAUGGUUGAUGAAGCUCAUGAACGUUCUUUGAGUACUGAUAUUCUCCUUGGGGUUCUUAAAAAGAUAGUGAAGAAACGUCCAAAUGAUUUAAGAAUCGUUAUCAGUAGUGCUACUCUUCAAGCUGAAGAUUUUCUGAAUUUCUUUUCAAAUGAUACAGAUGUGGAAGCGAAACCUAAGGUUGAUGAUGCGAUGACUCUUGAUGAUUUAAUCGCUCAAGGUGGCGGUUCAACAAAUGGUCCUAAAAAUGAUGGCAAAAUUGGACAAAUUAUUAGUUUGGAAGGUAGAAUGUAUCCUGUUGAUAUUCUUUACCUAGAAAAUCCAGCCGAAGAUUAUUUGGAAAGAGCUAUUGAAACAGUAUUUGAUAUUCAUACAAAAGAACCAGAUGGAGAUAUUCUAGUUUUUUUAACUGGAAGAGAAGAAAUAGAUAAAGCUGUACAAGCAAUAUCAGAACGUGCAGCAAGUUUACAUCCAAGAUCUCAAGCUCUUAUGCCACUUCCUCUUUAUGCUGGACUUUCAACUGAACAGCAAAUGUUUGUUUUUGAACCAGCUCAAGAAAAUACUAGAAAGGUUAUUUUCUCCACAAAUAUUGCAGAGGCUUCCGUCACAAUUGAUGGUAUCACCUAUGUAGUCGAUUGUGGUUUUGUAAAACUUCGAGCUUAUAACCCAAUCACUGGCAUUGAAACAUUAACAGCAACUCCAAUCUCUAAAGCAUCAGCAACCCAAAGAUCUGGUCGGGCAGGUCGUACCAAACCCGGAAAAUGUUUUCGUCUCUACACAGAAGCAAACUUUCAAGCCCUUGAAGAAGCAACCGUUCCUGAAAUUCAACGAUCAAAUCUCGCGCCCAUAAUCCUACAACUCAAAGCUCUAGGCAUCGACAAUAUAGUCCGUUUUCCAUUCCUUACUUCUCCACCAGCCGAACUAAUUAUUCGCGCCCUCGAACUUCUCUAUUCUCUCGGUGCCCUCGACACUUACGCCAAACUUACCAAACCUCUCGGAACACGCAUGGCCGAAUUAGCAGUCGAACCAAUGAUGGCUAAAACACUUCUAUCAGCUAGCUCCUUCAACUGUCUUUCCGAAAUUCUCACAAUUGCUGCUAUGACAUCUGUAGGAGGAAAUAUCUUUUAUAAUGAUUACGAUGAGAAAAAAGCCAUGGAAACCGCUAAACGGAAAUUCGCUGUCGAAGAAGGUGAUCAUAUUACUCUACUUAAUAUUUACCAAUCAUUUAUCACCAAAGGCAAAAAGCAACCACGAUUUUGCCACGAUAAUUAUCUAAACUUCAAAGCUCUAUCAAAAGCAAUCAGUAUCCGAUCUCAACUAAAACGCUAUCUCGAACGAUUCGGCAUCUCAAUUGACGAAACUCUCUCAUCCUCUUCAAACCCAAAUAUGCUCUCAGUAGGUGGACCAGACAAAAGUGAACAAAUCCGCAGAUGUUUAACCACGGGAUAUUUCGCACAUGCAGCAAAAAUGCAACCAGAUGGUACAUUUAGGAAUGUAGGAGGAGGAACAAUCUUACAUGCUCAUCCGAGUAGUUUAAUGUUUAAUCGGAAGUGUGAGUGGGUUGUUUUUAGUGAGGUGGUGGAGUUGGGUGGGAAGGUUUAUAUUAGGGAUUUGAGUAGGAUUGAGAAGGGUUGGUUGGUGGAGUAUGCGCCGGAGUUUUAUAAGAUGGGGAUGUGAAGGAGGAGAUGAAGAAGGGAAAGGGAUUAUUGGACCAGUGGGGUUGAAGUUAGUUAGAUGGUAUUGGGGAUAUUAGGAAGAGAUGAAAGAAACAAGGCAAGAUAGAAAGUAACUCCACGUAAAGUCUUGAAAAUGAUGAACGAUUCCAUACCAACCUUAUAUUCAAUCAUUAUUGCCUUGCGGCUGUUGGUGGUGGAGGCUGCGAUUAGCGAAUAAAAUAUUAA